AGAGCGCAUUUUGUCAGCGCCUGUGCUGUCUCAUAGAUGAUUUUUUUCUGACCUCGAUAAAUAGUACAGAGAUUUCUCACAUAUCUGUGUUUUUUUGCAGCGGAAACAGCAGGAGAGAGGUGUUUUGGACAGAAUGCAUGGAAUCUGAAUACACACACACACACACAAAGAAGAAAAUGGGGGAUUGAUUGGAUGGACGAUUGCAUUAACCAGCAAAAAGGUGUACAAGACAUUAAAUGUGAUGCCACUAAUGGAAAUAUGGCUGUAUAACCAAGACCACUGGAAGAACACUUAACAUAUUAAUCGUAAACACUUGAACAAACAUACGCUUUAAGUCUCUUCCACACUAUUCACACCUUUUUUGCCCUACUUGCUAUAUUUUAUUUCACAUAGAGAUUUGCUUUUUGAGAGCCCUACAGACUCCUACAUUGCCCAAUACACACCCACUAAAUCAUACACACUCACACAAGCCUCAAGAAACCAUGGCAGAAAACAUGAGCUCCAAGAUGGAGAGUAGCUCCGUGUCCAACAUCUCCCUGCUGGGCCAGGGAGACUCGGUGUCCAAAUCAGUGGAGUAUAAAACCGUGUCCGUGUUUCUGGUGGUGCUGGUAUGUGGUGUGGGAAUUGUUGGCAACAUCAUGGUGGUCCUGGUGGUCCUUACUACACGACACAUGCGGACACCCACCAACUGCUACUUGGUGAGCCUUGCUGUGGCUGACCUGACGGUGCUGGUGGCGGCUGGACUUCCCAACAUCUCUGAGAGCCUUAUGGCCACGUGGGUAUAUGGGCAAGCUGGCUGUCUGGGAAUUACCUACCUCCAAUACCUGGGCAUCAACGUGUCCUCCUGCUCCAUCACAGCCUUCACAGUGGAGAGAUACAUAGCCAUCUGCCACCCAAUGAGGGCUCAUACAGUGUGUACAGUCUCCAGGGCCAAGCGUAUCAUUGCAGGGGUGUGGGCCUUCACCUGUGUCUAUUGCAUGCUUUGGCUCUUUCUGGUGGACAUCCAAGUGAACAGCGAUGGACGCGUCCAGUGUGGGUAUCGGGUCUCCCGAGACCUCUACCUGCCCAUCUACCUCAUCGAUUUCACCAUUUUUUAUGUCAUUCCACUGCUGCUAGCUAUCAUACUGUAUGGCCUCAUUGCACGAAUCCUCUACCUGAACCCACUGUCCCACCCACCGGAUUCAGGCACCGUCACAGCCCCCACCCUCAGGAGAAGCUGCAAAGAGCCUGCGGAUGCAAGCAAAGGAGUUCGCCAAGGACGUCCAAAAAGUGCACCCUCAUCUCGGAAACAGGUCACCAAGAUGCUUGCUGUGGUGGUGGUCCUUUUUGCCCUGCUGUGGAUGCCAUACAGAACCUUGGUGUUAAUCAACUCCUUUGUCAGCACGCCUUACCUGGACGCCUGGUUCUUGCUUUUCUGUAGGACAUGCAUCUAUGCCAACAGCGCUAUCAAUCCCGUAGUUUACAACCUGAUGUCUCAGAAGUUCCGCUCUGCAUUCCGCGGCCUGUACCGGUGCCAGCAGCCAGUCAGCCAUCAGCGAAGUCUGUCUUCAGUCCAGACCAGUUACACUGUAGCUAGAGACCCUCGAAGCACUCACAUCAGCAAUGGAACCAAGGAAACCGUCAAGAGAAGCAGCUGCACCACUGCUAACCAGCAACCAAGCAUGGAAUGCCCCUUGGGUGAAAAGAAAGAUGCCACAGAGAAUACCGGUAUUGACAAUAACGGCAUGGAUAAGCAACAAGAAAAGACAGAUGAAACUGACAGAGUCAAGGAUCGAGGCGAUAUUGCAAACCUUGCUACAGAAACUGAAAGAAAAGCAAUUAAAAAAGAAGAUAAUGGUCCUGGCUUGGAGAAAAAGAAUGAUAGCCAAUGCACUGAUAUUAGAAAAGAUAUGGAAAACUGUAAUAAUGUUAACAAUGACAUGACUCCAGACAUUAGCCAUUCUAAUGCAGAGAAGGCUGUGCCAGCCUCUGAUGAGAUGAAGCCAGCACUUGAGCAAAAUGCUACUGAAUUGAUGCACAGCACAUUGUAAUAAAACCCCUAAUGUGUCAUUCUUAAAGAUUUUCAAGGGAAAUCAUAUAGGGGUGGGAGUUGUAUAGAUUAUUGCCCUGAUUUGAUGCUUGUGGUUACAAAAAAAUAAAUCUGAAGAUUAAUGUAAAUUUCAGACGGGAUCCAAAAGAGCUGCAUGUCUUUGCACUUGCUGAUGAGACUGCUAUGGAUUGCUAAAACUUGGACCUUCUCUCUACAUCAGUGUUAUUGGAUGGGGGAUUCGCCAGCAACACCUUCCCCCUUCUUCAUAGGCUUCUGAAGGUUUUGAUGUGUUCUUUUCAUCCAUAUUAUAUUAAAACAACUUGCCUGAUCUUCCUGGAAGGAGAAGAAGAAAGUAAUGAAUCCAACUAAGUGAGUCCAUAACCCACUUCUGAAAGAUCAGAGAGGGUCGCACAGCAACUGCUACAAGCUGCUUUUAUCUGAUAACAUGGCCCAGAGCAUCGGGUCAGCACAAACAUACAUCUAUGUUAUCCGUUCAGCCAACCGGAGGCAUUUAGAGGCUGGCACUGAGCCAGAGAAAGAGCAGAGAGCAUGGCCAGGGGAGCUGACUUGUAAUGCAUGAACAUUUGUUCAACAUAAAAGCCUGUGCUUUAAGAACAUGGUGAUGGUUUACAACUGUUUCAUCUGCCAUCAUGCCCAGAGGCAUGAUUGAGUCCACUGGGUGGCUUUUGUGGAAUGGAUGCAGAUUACACCAGAAAGGGGAAGAAUCAGACAUCAAUUUACAGACUCAUCUACUUAUCCGUUUGUUUAUAUCGAGUACAUGGGACAUUUUAGGACAACCGAUGCUUUCUGUUGAAGCAAAUGAAGAGGUAUAUAUUCGCUAUAUGUAUGUUACUGAUAUGUGCUGAUCUUGAAAAGAUUUGAAAGCACUUCUUUGUGUACCCAGUGCCAAAAUAUUUAUUUAAAUGUUUCACAUUUAUGUGACAAGCAGCCAUAAAUAUGAUUUUAAUGACGCUAUAACGACUUAAGCACCAUCAUGCAUAAAGUGUGUUUUAAGUUGUUCUUUUAAAGUCUGUUCCCUGUUGUAAUUGCUUUAUUGUGACGCCUGUAGUUUAUGCUUCUCUUGUGCCGUUUCCUUAAAAGGAGAGAUUAUGAUAAGAUCUUGAAAUUGUUUGUGGCUGGUUUUGUGGCUUAUUAAACUCAUUUUAGCUGUGCCACACUUAGAGUUCUGCCUGGAAGUCGGAAUUUUCAUUUAUCUCAUCAGGCAUCUUGUUAGAAGAGCCACCACCAUUCUGUUCGUCGCCGCUUUAGUGCUUGAGCUAUUAUUUCUGUACUGUCACAUUUCAUUUGAUGAGCAGUGAAUGAAGCCAGCACCAGUGUAAAGAGGCUCAUUUCAGAGUGCUAAAUUGGAAAGUGUGUUAUGCUGAUGUCUUCGCCACACAACACUGUUUUUCUGAUUUUAAUUGCAUUGGUGACAGGAAUGAAAAAAAAACAAACCCCAAAACAAAUAAGUUUUCUUUUAAGGCUGGAGAAAAUGCAUGGCUUUGCUGAGGAUUCGUUUAGCUAAAUUGAAUUUGUUGCCAUCGCAGAAAACCCAUGAGGGAAAAUAUAACACCUUCGGUGUGCUGCUUGUAAUAGUCUUUUUUUAAUCCACUUGAUAUUUGUUCAGUUCAUAAUGUUGAACUUCUGGAAUCAGAGCUUGAUGUAUGUGCGAGUUCUGUGAGCAUCUCAGCCUGUGUUUAUUUUUACAUGCAGAAAUUACAGUAUUAUUAUUAUUAUUAUUAUUAUUAUUAUUAUUAUUAUUGUGUUCACGCCUGUUUCCUU